AAUCAUACGUUCUUGUCGUCAAGCCCUCAUCAGGCAAACAAUUGAAUGCACCCUUUUCAUCGAGGGCUACGCGAGGAAAAUUACUGUGGAGCAUCCCUUGAGUGCUCAGCUUUUGGACAAGGCAGUGAAAUUUCGAGAAGGAUUCAUGGCCAUGGAUAAUCUGUUCCAAUCUACCAUUACAAAGGAAGUUGAGGUCGUCACCCUGGGCGUGCAGGUGCCGAUUAACCGACUUAGUAUGUCAUUUGGUUGACCCUGGACGUAAGCUGACCAUUCAUUUACAAGGUUUAGUCGGGCUACAGCUGAUUGCUCAUCUUCAAGUAUACCCUCAGCUCAUUCCCAAGUCGACAUGCUUGCGAGGGACGCGUGGGCAGACCAUCAAUGCUAUCAUGGCCUGGAUCGCAGAGUGCAGCGGCGGCGUCUUAUGGGUUAAUGGCGUAUCUGGGUCAGGAAAGAGUUCGCUGAUGGGUACCUUGCGUGAGCUUGCCAGUGAUGCGAGCGGGCGGAACCGCCUUGGUGCCUUCAUUCGCUACGAUCGCAUAGAAUCUCCAGACUCGUCGAAACUGAUUUCCAGUAUUGCCUACUUCCUUGGAAUGUCUGAUGACCGGAUCGGCACGGCCAUUUCGCUAGUAACCCACAGUAGCCCAUUCCUCGCGUCUUCUGAGAAAGAGCGAUUCGAACUGCUGAUCGAGCAGCCGUUGCAGAGUGUACCAGUCUUGGCUGAUGAAGGGCCACUGGUUGUUAUCAUCGAUGGAUUGGAUGAAUGUAACCCGUCAGAUGAACUGCUCGCUGUUCUCGCAAACGGAUUUGGAUCAAGACUUCCUUUCAUGCGAAUGGUCAUUGCGAGCCGUCCUCUAGAAAGCAUAGUCCGGGCAUUUUCCCACUCCGGUAUAACACCGAUCACAUUAGACACGUCGUCGGAGGCGACUCGUCGUGACAUUCGAAAUUACAUCGAUCAUCAGCUCUCUUCCAUAUUCGCUGAUCAGGAAGCGCGCCAUGCACCGGAUACCUUGCAGAAGAUGUGCGAAGCGCUGAUUGCAGUUGAAGGGCUUAGUAAACGGGCAAACGGCUCUUUCGUCUGGGCAGUAACUGCGUGCAGAUUCAUACGCGAAUUUCCAACUAUAACUAGACUUCAAACGCUCCUGGGUCUGGAAAUCCCCACCGAUUGUACAGAUUCCAUCGCGAAUCUCUACAAAGCUAUACUGUCUUCGAUCGUGGCAGAAUCUAAUGAAGACAAGGACAUCAUCAGGCGCUGUAUCUGCACAGUGUUAGGCGCCAUCAUGAUUCCGAGAAGAUCUGGAGGGAUGACUGCUGAAAUUCUUGACGCUCUCGUACUUGUACCCGGCGACCCGCCAGCAUACCUUAUCCUGGCGGAUCUGCGUGCUGUCGUUGAAAUGUCGUUGGAUGGCUUUGCCAGGUUUUUCGAUAUGUCUUUUUACGACUUCCUACGGGACCGGGACCAAUGUGGUGAAGAAUGGUAUAUCGACGUGGAGGAGCGGAAAAAGAUCUUUUAUGAACGUUCGUCCGUAAUGUUAAGGGGGUAAACUACCACAUGAAGCAUUUACUCUUGCUCUUCGAUGCGUGCAUGUGACCAAUAAACCUGUUCCAU